AUGCCUGGCUUCGGCAUCAGAACCACUGAAGCUAUCAUCAAUGAGCUUCAGUACUACCGAGUGAAACUCAAGACAAGGCUCCAGAAGCUCCAGGAACUGGAGGUUUUCGAACGAAACAGGCAUUUGGUUGACCCUAUCCGUGAGUUCAUCACUGUUCGACUACCGCAGCUUGAAAUGUGCAAUAGGCAGAGCCCUUUCGUGUUCACGCACUACGAUCUCGCACCCCGCAAUCUGUUGAUAUCAGUGGAAACCGCACAGAUUACCGGCAUUGUUGACUUUGAAUUUUCUGGUUUUUUCCCGGAAUUUGAUGAGUACGUCGAGAGCGGAAAUGAAUUCCCAGAUGAGUUCUACAAAGCAUAUCUGGAUAGGCUUGAAGAACACGGCUUGAGAACCCCAAGAAAGGGCAUCGAUGAGCAACUGUGGAAAGAGGUUUUGGGGCUUUCUCAGCUGGAAGAACACAUAGCGCCCUGGUGGCUUGAGAAUUCGGAAAAUCUGGCGGAAGACGAAAAAAUAGAGCUCUUGGAGGGUCUUCAGAAGUCGGAAAAGAUGGUUGUGGAAGCGAUGCAGGUACUUGGUCAGAGUUCUUAA